AUGUAUUCUAGUGACAUCGAUAUGUUGAACCUAAACGAAAAUUUGUGCAUAGAUGAAUAUUCAUUCAUUCCGUUUUUUGAACCGAUAAAAAUCAGCGACACAAAUUGCUGGCUAGCAGAUUUGAUACCGGACAUUAGCACUGCCUUUUCGGAUCAUCAAACGGGCGAGGAUAAUAUGCAGCGUUCUCAAAUCAGCUCUCUCAGUAAAUCAUCCAGCGGCCUCAACAGACAAGAAUCACAAACUGUUACUGCCACCCCGAAAACACAUGUUGCUGCAAAGCGCUCUCGUACCGCCUACACCAGCCUGCAGCUGGUAGAACUGGAGAAGGAAUUCCUGCACAACCGAUACCUUUGUCGCCCCCGGAGGAUUGAAAUUGCCACUAAACUUUCCCUAACGGAGCGACAGAUAAAAAUAUGGUUUCAAAAUCGUCGAAUGAAGCAUAAAAAAGAAUCCGCUGGAGUAAAGAGUGUACAUCGAUCAAAUGAAACGUUCAAAAGCGGCGGCUUGCAAAAGAGCUGCACAAAAAACGCAAAAUCCGCUUUGUUAACUCAAGCCAACGAAACCAGUGGGCAUCAAAGUAUUGUUAACAGACUGAUGGCCCAUUCGACGUUCUCUCCGUGCCUUCCAGCUACUGCAAGAAUCGCCGAAUCAAAAGCGAACUACACAUCAAAAGCAGAAAGUUCAUCCGAUAAGGACACCUACUUCAGUCCGACCGAAAACAACGGACAACGAACGAAUAAAUUAUCAAUGAAAACACUAUCAAGUAUUAAAAAUGAAUGCACCGCCUACGAUACGACGUUUCAUCCGCCAGCCGGUAGGGAUCCCAGUCCACCUCCUAUGGAGAGCAUUUUCCAAAACGGCAGUGAAACGAAACCUUCCGUAACAGUGCAGUGGGGUAACAACGAGAGCCGCACCGAAAUGGAUUCCAUCUACAGUCAUCUCGAGACGUACCUUCCUUUCGAUUCGGAAUAUUGCAAUGCAAACGCACUGUUCAGUGGUCUUCCCUCGGUCGAGCAAUCGGUACUGUAG